AAGAUUUAAUUAUUUUAACGUGUGAUAUCAAGAUGAUACGCGGCAAAUCGACAAUUUGUGGUCAUUUAAUUUGACGGAUGGUCGGAUGUCAUUGCAUUUUGCUUUCACUUUCAUCAGAAAUAAACGGUGUUCCGCCCCUCAAAAAGUCUUUAAAUACGACUAAUUCGGUGAUAACCGCUGGGCAGAAAGUGUUGGUGGUCAGGAAGUCCAUAUACCGUUAGCUACCAUAGGUUUUUUUUUGUUAGCAAGAGUUAUCAUCUGGCUUCUGUUGCUGAAAAGUGACUGACUUGUAAGGAUAUCGAGUGCACAGAGCAGAAAGCACAACAAUGACAGGCGUGAUCGUCGUUACUUUCGUUCUCAGUGUCAUCAGUGUUGGAAGAUGUCUUCCUACAAAUCUAGGUGCUCAUGCAGAAUUGUCUAAUGACAUGACUGCAGUUUUGUUACCUCAUGUCCAAGGAGAUGAGUACGGAUACGAUGACAAUGAGAUCUUGGAUCGAGAGGAGAGGGGUUUAUCCUCAUUGGGAUCAGGAUCGGGUCCUCUACCGGGACCCCUAUCAGGACUAACCGACGACGAAGACCUAGUCACCGAGUCUCCGCUGUUAGCCACCAAACCAGAGGUACUCAGAUUGGCAAUAGCUUCUAAGAUAACGGCUCGGUUCUCCAGUACAGAGGUCCGAAGCAAACUUAAAAACACGGAUAAGAAUGCAGCAGAAGCCAAGUUCACAAUCAGUCUACCUGAUGAUGCUUUCAUUAGCGCUUUCUCAAUGACCAUUGACAAUGUCACCUAUCACUCAGAAGUGAAGCCUAAGGAUGUGGCUCAGAGGGAGUAUAACGAGGCCAAAGCCAAAGGACAGACUGCAGGACAAGUUAAACAAAGUUCACCUGAUGAAAAUAAAUUCACGGUGUCCGUGACCGUGGAGGCUCGAAAAUCUGUUCGUUUCAACCUCACAUAUGAACAACUGUUAAAGAGAAAAAAUGGCAUAUUCGAGCAGAGGAUAAGCAUCCAACCAGGCCAGAUGGUUCCGGAUGUUCGUGUAGAGGCUCAUAUCACGGAACCCCAAGGUUUGAAGGAUGUCAAUGCUUCAUGGGCGAUAUCAGACAAAUCGGAUGAAACAAAACUCAACAACAUGACUGAAGUAGAUCUCAGACCUCGCUCUGCCAAGGUACUCUUUGAUUCGAGAGGAGAAGGACUGCUUAUUACUUCCACCGGCAUCAUGGGGGAUUUCAUUAUCAAAUAUGACGUCAUGCAUGACGUCAAAGCAGGUCACCUCCAGAUCGUCAAUGGAUAUUUCGUUCAUUACUUCUCACCGGAAGGUUUACCGAAAACAAGGAAGAAUGUUGUCUUCGUGAUCGAUGUCAGUGGUUCAAUGCGUGGUCGAAAAAUAGAACAGACGAAAACGGCAUUCACUACGAUUUUGGAUGAUGUCCGCCCAAUAGAUCGCAUCAACAUUGUACUCUUUGAAUCGAGUGUUCGAGUUUGGAGAGCUAAUCAAAUGGUGGAAGCUACCAGUAGAAAUAUUGCAACAGCUAAAGAAUACGUUAAUCGUCUUUCUGCAGGUGGAGGAACGAAUUUAUACGAUGGUCUAACGAAUGCUGUCGAUCUCCUCACUGGAAAUGACAAUGAUGAUGCCAUGCCCCUUAUCAUUAUGCUUACCGACGGUCAGCCCACGUCUGGUGCAGUCACAAGUACAUCUGUAAUCGUGAAAAGAAUCACAAAUCUCAUCGAGGGUCGACUGUCAUUGUUCAGCGUUGGGUUUGGAAACGGGGUUGACUUUUCAUUUCUUGAAAAACUAUCACUAUCCAACCAAGCUCUGGCUCGUAAAGUCUACGAGGAUUCGAGUGCUAGUGUGCAAAUGAAAGGUUUUUACGACGAAGUCGCAAAUCCACUCCUUUUCAACAUCAAUCUCGAAUACAGCAACAGAUUGGUUGACGAAGACAGUCUCACGCAGUCGAAUUUCAUGGCUUACUUUGAUGGCACCGAAAUCACGGUAGCCGGCAAACUGAAAGAUGAAGUUAUUAAUGCUGUUUGGAAUUCAGCAAAUGAUGUGAAUGGACCUAUGACAUGGGAAAAUCGGGAUGAAUCUGAUCUCGUACGCAAUGAAACAAUCUUAGCUUCAGCUCAACAUCCGAACACGAUUUCAAUCGUGGAUGGGAACGAAGAUGGCAUAUACGGUGAACCAUUCUGUGUCGUAAUCACUGGAAAAUCCCUCGAUGUUGAUAUCGAGUUCAAUACAUCCACAACGAUAGAGAAAGAUAACUCUCUUCGUCGUCAUGAAGUCGAUGACUUCGCCCAGCGCCUGUGGGCAUACCUCACAAUCAAGAAUCUUCUUGAUGAACGAAAGACAGCCGACAACCGUGCCACAAAAGAAGCGAUCUCCGAACGGGCCCUCAAUCUCUCUCUCAAAUACCAUUUCGUUACACCUCUUACCUCGCUCUUGGUGGUCAAACCAGAUGAUGAUACCGACAUCCUCGCAGAAAGUGUACCUGAGGUGCCAAGUGAUGAAAUACAGAACAUGCAUUCAUCAUCUUUGUACUUAGCCCCAAUGGCUGCAGGGCCUGCGGGACCUCAAGCCUCGUUCCCGGCUCAGCGAAGAUUAUUCAAAGGCCCUAAAGGCAUGAGAGGACCAGGUCGUCCCCCAUCGAUGACAAUUCCCGCUUCGCAAGCUUUUGCUGACAGCGAUCCACACUUCAUGGUUGAGAUUCCCCAUUCUGAUUUAAAUGUGUGUUUUGAUAUAAAUGGCGAUCCUGGUGAUGUAUUCAAUCUCCUGAAUGACCCUAAGUUCAAUCUGCAAGUAUCUGCGUAUGUCAUCCCUGUGGAACACAAUGGCAUUUCCAAUCCAGGGAAUAACAGUACGUAUUUCGGCAAAAUCGGCGUCCUUUUCGGGACCGACCGGUACCUCGUUCUGACGCCUACCUACAUUGAAGUCAACAACAAGGCAUUCAAACUCGACUGGGAUGACGACCUCUCAAUGCGCGUGGGUGACUUCGACGUCCAUAUCAGGAAUAAACAUAGAGUAGUGAUCAACCAUGGUGACGAUGUCGUGGUGGUGAUCAUGGCACAUCGCGUAAGACACGGAAACAUCUUCCAGUAUGAGAGAGAAAGAGCUGCCAACCGUUCUCACCGCGUUGAUCACCUCGGGUUCUAUGUGGAAAAUGGAAAGGGUCUUUCUCAAGAUGUCCAUGGACUAAUUGGUCAAUUUUACCGGAAGAAGGAGGUCCUUGUGUCUAGUUCGGUCACCACAAGUGUUGACAUGUCGGAUGUACCUCUGCCAGUGGUCUCACCCGAUAUAAACGCAACUCUCUUUAUUGACGAUCGAAAUGUUCCCGUGAAGCUCAUUAACCGUCGCAUACCUCUUAUUCGAGAUUAUAAAGAAUGUUGGCAUGCUGCUGAUAAUGCAAAGGGUCUGAUCGAAGGAGACUACACAGACUACAAGCUACCAUCACUGCUCACUCAUCUGGACAAACAUGGCAAAUAAAAUAGAAAUUAAGAGCUCACUCCAACAUAUUAACGAAACAAAACGAUAUCUAGUUCCAGUGGUAUUACUCAGAUAUUAAUGAAAAUUGUUUUCGUAUACAAACAGCAUUACAAUUUUGCACGAUAACUUUGUAGGAGUAAUCUAUGAGUAAAAAAUAUACCCCAACAAAUCACGUUUAGAAUACUUGCCAAUGAAGGCCUAAUGAUGUACUGUUGGUGGUGUGGAACCUAAUCAAUUGAUUGGAAGAUGGCUUAUCCUAUACGCGAAAUUCAUUGGUCUUGAGCAUUUGUUAUGAGAAAAUGUUGCAUGAUCUCAAUGCAAGAAUAUAGGCCAACAGCAGUUCCAGUACAUUCACCCAUGUGAAAGCACAUAAGGGACUCUUUAACCGCUUCCAUCAUUUUUGAAACACUGACCACUGUAGAUUUGUUUGGGUAAUCAUUGAUACCACCACUCGUGUUCAAAAUAAGUAUACAAUCAAUGCGAUGAGUACUGUUAGCAUCAAUAAUGAUAUGAAACUCCCUAAUCUCCACUGAAAAAAAAUAUUAUUGAGUAUACAUUCAAAUAUAUAUACCGUCUUGCUGAAAAGCAGCUUCUAGUUGAAAGCAGGCUUUUACCCGUGAUUAAAUAAAUAAAAUACAAA